CUGGAUUUCCCGAAGCCAUGAAGACUGCAGUGUUAACUAUGGUCCUGCUGCUGCUGCUGUCCCAGGUCAUUCCAGGGAGCCCUGAAAAAUGCUGGAAGUCUUUUGGUAUCUGCCGUGAGGAGUGCCUCAGGAAAGAGAAGUUCUACAUCUUCUGCUGGGAUGGAAGCCUGUGCUGUGUGAAGCCUAAGAAUGUGCCCCAGUGGUCACAGAGUUCGGACUAGCACUCUAAAUCCCAAGGCCACAGAAACGAAGGUGGACCUAGGCAGAGGUCUGAGCUUGGCAGUUUCCGGAGCUUCAUUAAAGCAGCUUUGGCUGG